AUGUGGCAGGAGGCGCGACGCCAGGAAAAGCAUAUUAGAACGCUGAUGGUGGACUACAAGAGAAGAGCUGAACGCAGGCGGGACUAUUAUGAGAGAAUUAAACAGGACCCCAUUAAGUUUCUUCGAGUUUAUGGUCGUCCGUCUAAACUUCACUUGGACUCAGAAAUUGUGAAAGCAGCGGAAAACCCCAACAAUAUGAUGCCGUGGGUUGGUGACCCUUCCAUAUUAAUUGACCGGUUUGAUGCUCGCGCAAACUUGGAAAACUGGGAGAACCCGAGCUCAGAAGAAUUGAAAGACGCUGUCAUUUGCAGGCUGACACCAGUGGAGCGAAUCGAAGAGCGACUGUGCAUGUAUGAACGUUAUCGAUGUCUCAUUCACAAUGAUUAUGCUGGUGUGACCGAAGCUAUGGCGUUGAAACAAAUUGAGAUGGAUGAAAAAUAUGGUGAUUUGGAAAAGAAGCGCAAAGAAGAAGAAGAGGCAAAUAAAAAAGUUCUGGAGCCCAAGGCUGCAAUCGGUUUUACGUACGAAGAUAGUACUGUGCCUACAUCUACUGGUCCACCGAGCGCCUCGGUAGUCCCGGUUCCGGGUGAGAGUGAUUCGGAUGGCGAGGCAGAUAGUGAUAUGGACAUUGAUGUUGAACUCGAUCUGGCUACUCUGGGCGUUGAGGGCCGUCGACAAUUGGCAAAGUCGGCCUCCUUAUUUGGCCUGCACUCCACUGAUUUUGUUCGGUUGCUAGAUGCGGAUCAACAACUGGAAACCGAAUUACGUCUUGCUAAAGCCUUAGAAGAAGAAAAGUUGCAGCUAGCAGGCCGUAAAUCUCGCCGGGCUCGUCGAAUUCUUAAAGAACGCCGUUCCCAUGAGAAGUUCCCAAAAUUGUUCACUACGAAGGUGGGACUUCUCAACGGCCAGCCCAUUUCAAGACGUACGGUGUAUCUUUCAGCGAGUUCUUCGGAUUCUGGUGAAUAUCCUUCUGAAGAAGAUGAGGUCUAUGUCGGAACGCGCGGUUCCAGUGCUAAGGCGGCCGCCGCUCAAGCACGACGCGCUCGAGCCAAGCCAUUACUAAGCAAUGCUGUUGGUCCAUCCGUUAUGAUUGGUGGCAUGACGUCUAUCAGUUUGUGUAGACGGCGUAACCAUACCUCGGAGCCUGGUGAAAAUGUUCGGAAAUCCGGUAUUCGUCCAUCAUCCAGUAGCCAAGGCAGUAGUAGAAGUCGCAGCUCCUCGAGUUCCACAGACCGCAAUUCAGGUAGACGUUUACGCCGAGAAGGUGGUCGUUCCCACGGAAAACGGUCUCGUGUGGAAUACAUCACUGCUUUUGGUGAAGGAACAGAUGAUAAUACUGAAUCCUCGAACAAACGACAUCCAUCCUUAUCUUCUAACGCGACAUCGUGGACGAAAAAUAGAUCUCCCGGCUGCGCUACUUCCUCGUUAGCCGCCUCUGUAGUUUCGAAAUAUCUGGACUCGUCGAAGCGAUCUGUAUCGCCGAAGAAAUUUGGCGCAACGGUACACCACAGUACGUCACCGUCGCUUCAUCGUCGUCACGCCGCGCGAAAUCGCUCACCGGCCGAAAAGUUUCGCGGUGCACGACAGAAGCCGCGCAGAACACGGUCACAUUCGAACUCUCGUUCUUCUUCAUCAAGUAGUCGUUCUUUAUCGAAUCGUGAGAAUAUCCGAGGGAAGCGGAAUCUUCGAGGCCCAACACGCAGCUCCAGUUCCAGUUCCACUGACAAUUGGAAUCAUGAUAGAUCUCGCUCCACAAGAUCGCGUCGGAAUUCCUCGCGACCCCGUUCCUUGUCAUCUCGCCGUUCUGGUUCACCUUCUCCCCUUGAUGACCGAUCUUCAUUCAACCGUCUGGGAGAGUCAAACCUACGUUCCACCUCGUCAGCAUCAUUUGGUGCGGGUCAAUCUUCUAUAUCACCUGUGAGGAAGCGAUAUUAUCGCCCCGAAUUGGAGUCAGAUGAGGGCUCACAACUCUCUGACAGUAGCAGCAACAAUUCGGUACACGAAAACAGAUCAAGUGGCCGAUUUCCUCGCUGGCGCGAUUCCGGUGGAUCGAAUUAUAUGGCGGGUAAGACGGAGACUUAUUCAACCAGUGGAGAUCGUAAUCAGAGAAGCCCACCUAAAGCUCCUGCGGAUACUUGUUCUGUCGGUAAGCCGAGCCUCACACCCCAGGAACUGCUCAAGCGUCGUAUGCAGGCCCAGCUUACUAAGGCAUUUAACGCGGACAAAAAGGCCGAAUUGGAGAAGCAACUGCAGUUGGAACGAGAGCGACAGCUACGUGAAGAAGGGUUACGCCGACAGGCCCUUUUGCUCAGACGUCAAGAAGACAAACGUGCGCGGAACGAACGGCGAGCUGUCGCUAUCGCUUCCGGGUCUAUACCCGAGGACCUCUCUGAUUCGUCCUCCACUUCCUCCGAUGCGCAAACGUCUGGUCGCGGAACUCGUUCCUUGCACUUUCCAGCAUCUCAUCCAGAUGCUGCGAGUGAUCGGGCUCCCCCUAAGCAUGGCGCGCUGGCAGUUCGACCUCACUCACAGAGAACCCCAUCCCCUAGCCGACGCAGUAGGCUACCAUCACCACCUUCAUCCACCAGACUUCGUAAUCCCAAAUAUAUGCAAACAACUCAGAGCGGAAUGAAAUUUACAUCCCAAGAUGAAUCGCUACCAAAAGGCGAUGACUCAUCGAGAUCGUUUGGUGGGCGAUUCAUGUCAUCGGAUUCAGGUCGCUCGUCGCCAUAUGGUCGUCCAGGUGCUGCGGGUGGAAGUCAGUCAGCCCCUUAUUCUCAUUCAAGACCUUUCAAUCAGCGUGGCGUCCAACAUUGGCCAACUCAAGAAACUGGAAGAUUAUCUUCCCAUCGACGAGGAUUGCAGUCACCGGUCCAUUUACGGUCACUGACACCAAAUCGUGUGGACCGCCACUCCCGUUACCCCUGACAUUUGUUUUCACUCUGCUCGGACAAACAAUGGAACUUGUACAGUGUUUCGUCCACUUUUUUCGUACCCCUUGCGCCGAAUCUGUCACUUC